AAAGGAAUCCGCUAAAAUGACCUUAGAUACUUUAAUCAAGUGUACUUGGGUUCGUAUACAUAAUACCCAAUAGACAUGUAUUUAUAUUUGAUUUUUAUACUUACAAAAAUGAGUUGUUUCGACUUUCAUUGAUAUAUAAUUGAUUUAAGGUUCGAUCACUACUAAUAUAGCGCGGAUCAAUGACAUCAUUACAGUAACAAUAUUGUAAAAUUAGAUUGUAAACUCGCAAUCAGAGUAUAUUUAUUCCUCAAUUAUAAAUUACUUUUAGUAUAACAUGAAUUAUUUUUCUUAGACCAUGGAAAGACGUAGGGAAAAUACGGUGUACCAGUCCAAAUUGUACGUACGAGGUCAAGUGAGCAUCUCCCUUCACUCCAUUGUUGAAACAAAUCUACUUAAACUUGUUUUGUGAUUCUCACCUCAGAUUUUUUUUCUUUUUUUCCCCUUAACCAAAAACAUCUUCUUCUAAAACAAUGGACAUUCUGCACGUUCUACUUCUUCUUCCGAUUAUCAUCCUCCUAGUUCUUCAACACAAAAACACCACAAAAAGGCAAUCCAAAACCAAAAGAGUAAUUCCAGGUCCGCCAGGCCUCCCACUGAUUGGUAACUUGCACCAAUUUUUUAAUUCAGCGCCUCAUCAGUACCUUUACCAGCUCUCCAAGAAAUAUGGCCCGCUUAUUUCAUUCCAGCUCGGGUCGGUGCCGGCGGUGGUGGUUUCCUCCGCGAGGAUGGCGGAGGAGGUGAUGAGAACGCAUGAUCUGGUAUUCUGCAGCCGGCCUCCGAUGCUCGGGCCGCUGAAACUAUCGUACGAUGGCAUAGACAUCGCGCUGUCUCCGUAUAACGAGAAAUGGAGAGAGUUGAGAAAACUCUGCGUUGUGCAUUUGUUGAGCACUAAAAGGGUUCAAUCGUUUCGUCCGAUUCGUGAAGAUGAAGUUUUCCGGAUGAUGGGAAAGAUUUCCCGGGAUGCGGCUGAAGGAAAACUUACUAAUUUGACCGAAACGGUAAUGAGGUUUGCAAGCACCAUAGUUUGUAGGGUUGCUUUUGGGAAAAGAUACGACGAGGAAGACCAUGAAAGGAAGAGAUUCAGCAAUCUCUUCCAUGAAGCUCAAGCCGCCCAUGUCUGGUUCUACUUUUCAGAUUUCUUCCCCAAAUUUGGCUGGCUGGAUCGCUUCACGGGCACACUUCCCCGACUUGAAAAAGUCUUCAAGGAACUCGAUACGUUUUAUCAAGAGCUAAUCGAUGAACAUAUGGACUAUUCAACCCGGCCGGAAUCAAUGGAUGGUGACAUUAUCGAUCUCAUGCUUCAAUUGCGCCAAGAAAACCCAUCAUCUUCACUCGAAAUUACAGUGGAUCACAUCAAAGCCAUGAUAAAGAAUGUAUUUUUCGCUGGAACGGAUACUUCAGCGGGGACAAUUGUUUGGGCCAUGACAGCAUUAAUGAAGAACCCGGCAACAAUGCAAAAGGUGCAGGCUGAAAUAAGAACCGUGAUUGGGAAUAAACAACAAAAGACAAUAAUAAUUGAUGAAGAUGAUGUUGAAAAACUCCCUUACCUCAAGGCAGUUGUGAAGGAAACAUUCAGGUUGUACCCUCCGGCUCCGCUUCUAGUUCCAAGGUACACCAUGGAUAAUUGCAUCGUUGACGGUUUUCCAAUUUCUUCGAAUACAAUUGUCUACAUUAACGCGUGGGCGAUUGCAAGAGAUCCAGAUUACUGGGAAAAUCCGGAUGAGUUUUUACCCGAGAGAUUUUUGGAUGGGAGAUAUAAGGAUAUAGAUAUGAAGGGACAAGAUUUUCAUUUCAUUCCGUUUGGAGCGGGUCGAAGAGGUUGUCCUGGAUAUUUCAUGGGAUUGAUGACUGUGGAACUGACAUUAGCUAAUCUUUUGUACUCAUUUAAUUGGGAAUUGCCGUCGGGGAUGAAGAGACAAGACAUUGACACUCAUCAAGUUUUACCUGGUAUUACAAUGCUCAAGAAAGAGGAUCUGCAGCUUGUGGCAAGCAAGUACAUUUAAUACUAUUUCAGAAAUCAUGCUAAUUAUUAAGUUAAUAAUGUAUAUGGAGCAAUGAGCUUCUUAAUUGUUACCAAUAAUUGUACUACGUCAAUGAUGAGAUAUGGGAAUUGGAAAGAGUCUAUAUCAAAAGAUGAAUUUAUAUUCUCUCUCUCUUUUUUUUUUUUUUUUUU